CGGCUCGAGGUUUGCGCGCGGUCGUAGGCUGCUGGGCAUCCCGGAAGCCUCCCACCCCCGAGGCGUCCGCCCGCCAUGGCCCGGCUCGCGAACAAGUUCGCCGUCCUGGACUCCGAGUCCGAGGCGGACGAGGACGCCGAGCAGGAGGAGGCCGAGCAGGGCGAGGAGGAGGAGGAGGAGGCUGCGGCCUGGGAGGAGGAGGCCGCCGCUCCCGAGCCGGCGCCGGCCGCCCUCGGCAAGAACGCCAAGAAGAAGGGCCUUCAGGGCGGCAGGGCGGAGGCGGCAGCCGAGGUGCCCGCGCCGCGAGAGACAUCGUGGGCCAACAUGGUAGACGACGCGACGCCGCAGGCGGCCGAGCCAGGUGUCAAGGGCAAGAAGGCGAAGGCCGACCCGCAGGCGAAGGCCGAGGCGAAGAACAAGUUCGUGGCCAAGAGCAAGUUCGCCGCCCUGAUGGACAGCGAGUCCGACGAGGACGACUCCGACGAGGAGGACUGAGCCCGGCCAGGGGGAGGGGGCGGCGGAGCCCGCGGCUCGCAGGAGGGCGGCCUCCACCUGGGCGCCCCGACGGCCUGCAGCUCCGCGCGCCCCGCGCCUCUCAUGAGUGAGCCAGUUCCCACCACUCACCACAGGUGGGACGGGGGAGAAGGUGGUGGUGGAACGUGGGCCCGUCACCUCAGCCCCACCUGCUCGUCUCGCUGGUCCUGACCCUCGCGCUCGGUCUCCUCCUUGCUUCGUGUGGCGCGUCUCUUGCGGAGGAAACACAUACACGACAGACACUGGUCGACGCAGCCGCGGUGCGGUUUUGUUGGCUUGCUUUGUCCGCGGUCGAAAAAAAUCAACAAGCAUGUUUAGUUGAGACCAGUGGGAUCGUGCUUCAGAUUGCGGGGCAAUGUCACGGCAUC